CACAACUGUGGCUUCAGGGUGUGGUGGCUGAGUGGAGAGCAGUCAGGUGCGGCUGUGUGAGUCACCGUCUGGCCGUGGAGAGGGAGACCAUAUGCCGAAAGACAGGCACUCUGGCCACUGCAAACCCACCACCCAGAAAUCCUCUCUGACUUCCUGCGGUGUUGUGGAGGAGACGGGAGAAGAUGAGCAUUUCCUCAGAACCAAAACCUUUGGGGAAACAAAUCGGGAGCAACUUGCAGACGCAGUCACAAAUCGUGGAGUUAAACGUCGGUGGGGAGAUGUUCACCACCACCUUGAGCACUUUGAAGAAACAUCCUCGUUCCAAGCUGGCGGAGAUGUUUGCCUCGGGGCAGCCAAAGCCGCGAACAGACUCCGAAGGGAGAUACUUCAUAGACCGGCCCGGGACUUACUUUAAGUAUAUUUUGGAAUACCUGCGCAGCAACCAGGUGCCCACGCAAUGUGUCCAAGAUGUGUACAAGGAAGCCUUAUUUUAUGACAUCGAGCCUUUGAUCAAAGAGUUGGAAGAUUCCCCACAGAUCUUCGGUGAGUUGGUGGCCAGGAAACAUUUCCUCGCUCAGGUGCCCAACUACACGGAGAAUAUUGAGCUCAUGAUCCGCAUUGCCCGAGCCGAGGCGAUGGCCUCUCGCCAGUCCAGCGUCAUGGUGUGCGUGGUGAAGACCGAGGAGGACGUAUCCAAGUGCCAGGAUGUUCUCAACGGCCUGUACACGAACAAGAAAUCGGUGGUCAAGUUUGGCCCCUGGAAGGCCUCGCCGAACAUCUUGGAUUUACUGGACUGCAUAAAGAUGGACUUGGACGCCAAAGGCUAUCGGAUCUCCUUCCAGGUCUAUGCAUCAGAGAAGGGCUUCCGCUUCAAAUCCAAUGAUUACUUCUAUAAGUUUUUGUUCACUUGGUGGUAAAGGAAACCUGGCGGCUUGGUCCCUUUUUAUAACCGUGCCUUUCCAUCUGUACAGGAAUCAUUUUGAUGGAUAGGUUUUGCUGAAAGUCUGACUGAUUUGGGGGGAACAGAUGAACCUCCCGCUCUGCGUCUGAUCAAGAAUAACUCUGGGGGAUUUGGGGGUGUGUGUGCAGCUUGGCUCUGUAUCUCGAGUGAUUCGCUCCGAAAGGCCCGUUUAUACUUGUAAUAGCAAUCUUCGUACAGCAGGGUGUAGGCAACAGAUGUCAGGACAUCUGGAUUUGUGAUGUGCAGAUGUUAUUUUGCGAUGUGGAAGUAGAAAGGAGCAAGAGUCCAGUGGCAUCUAUAAGAUUAACAAAAUUUGUGGUAGGGUAUGAGCUUUCGUGAGUCACAGCUCACUUCUUCAGAUACCAGAGAUGAUGGAGUUGGUCAUGGUUGAGAUGUGGAGUUGGUCAUAACCCCUAAGCUCUUCCUCCAGAAUGGGUAAUGUCAGUGUGGGAGGAUGAAAUCGUCAGAUGGCACAUUUUGGGACUGGGCAUCAGCAUACAGCACUUCAUAAGGGACAGUGAUUUGAGCAUUCAGGUCCAUCCACAGUUUAUUUGGGGCAUGUUGAGCUAUUUUGAUUCCUGGUCCUCGUUCAGCCGACAUCUGCAGCUCUGGCUGGAAUAAGUUAUUGAAAACUGCAAAUAGGAAUCUAGGAAGUCUAUUUUUUCCUCUAAACUGCCAUGUGCCCAGGAGGUCACGCAAAUAAGUGCGAGGCCAUCACUACUUAUUGUAGCCAUGAAGUCUAGAUGUUUAAUUACUGGAUGAAGAAGUACUUCUUUUUGUUUUCCCUACUGCCAGUCAGUUUUGCCCCCACUUAAGCUCUACAUUUCUGGGGGGGGGGGAAUUUCCUGUUCACCAUCUCCACAACAUUGAGAAUUUUAUAUACCUCUGUAAUCUGGAGGUGGCGGGUUGUGGUCAGGUAUAUAGUGCAGAAG